CCCUGAGUCUGGAGCAGCAGCAACCCGCGGAGCUUUACUGGCUCUCCUCGCCUCCACUCAGUGCGGGAAUACAGCAGCGGAGAGCGGCAUGGACACGGAAGGGAGCCCGAGCAGCUUGUCGUCCGGAACAGACAACUCCCCCCACGACCCAUGCAAAAUGUUCAUCGGGGGUCUGAGUUGGCAGACGACACAAGAGGGCUUGAAGGACUACUUCUGCAAAUUUGGCGAGGUGAAAGAGUGCAUGGUGAUGCGGGAUCCCGUCACCAAGAGGUCGAGGGGGUUCGGGUUUGUUACAUAUGCAGACCAGGCCGGCGUGGAGAAGGUUCUGGCCCAAAACAGACACGAGCUGGACUCAAAAACGUCUGUCACACUGGUGAACACGCUGGGCAACAUCGACCCAAAAGUCGCUUUCCCUCGCCGGGCUCAGCCGAAGUUGGUGACACGGACAAAGAAGAUCUUUGUCGGAGGUCUUUCAGUCAACACCACCAUCGACGACGUGAAGCAAUACUUUGACCAGUUUGGAAAGGUUGACGAUGCCAUGCUUAUGUUUGACAAAACAACCAACAGACACAGAGGUUUUGGUUUUGUCACUUUUGAGAAUGAAGAUGUGGUUGAGAAAGUGUGCGAGAUUCACUUCCAUGAGAUCAACAACAAAAUGGUGGAGUGUAAGAAAGCACAGCCUAAAGAGGUGAUGACGCCUACAAGUUCAGCUAGAGGUCGAUCCAGAGUGAUGCCCUAUGGGAUGGACGCUUUCAUGCUGGGUAUCGGUAUGCUUGGUUACCCAGGUUUCCAGACUGCUACCUACACCAGCCGCAGCUACUCUGGAAUCGCACCUGGUUACGCCUACCAGUUCCCAGAAUUCCAUUUAGAGAGGACCCCCCUCCUGACAUCUUCCCACCCCCCUGAGUUGGCAGCCAUUCCCUUGACUGCAUACGGACCAAUGGCGGCGGCAGCGGCAGCGGUUGUUAGAGGCUCCACCCCUUCUCGCACAGCUGGCUUUCUGAGCACCAGCAGUCCUGGACCAAUGGCUGACUUGUACGCAGCAGCAAAUCAGGACUCAGGAGUUAGCAGCUACAUUAGCGCGGCCAGUCCUGCCCCCAGCACAGGGUUCGGCCACGGUCUAGGGGGUCCUCUGAUUGCUACUGCGUUCACAAAUGGCUACCACUGAGAUGACUCGGGUCGUACUUGAUUUGAGGGCUUCUCUUCUGCUGAUAAGCCAAUCAAAUGCUGAGUGCUGUGACGGCACAACCUGAUUGGCUGGCUGCAGGCUCUGUCUGGCUGUCCUGGCUCCCUGUGGCUCCACCCACCGACUGAAUAUCUUUUUAAAAAAAAAAACUGUUUUUGCUGUACUAAUCUCAACAUAAUAUCCCAGUGUGUCCUCUUUUUUUUUUUCUUUUUUUCCCUCAUACACAUCAGACCCCGUCCCCCACCAUUUCUCCCAAAUAUGUCAUUUUCUUUGGAAACUGAGAAAAGAAAACAAGGCUCUGAGAUAACCUUUGUCAUUUUUGACAAAGUCAAAGAGGACUAUUUUUUAAUAAUUUUAUCGUAUCUCACUGUGUGUCAUUAUUUCAUCAUGGAAUCCUUGCUGUAUCUCACAAAACAAACCAGGCAUGAUGUUUUUAUUUUUUCUUUGCAAAUCCUUUUUAACAUAAUGAACAAAUCCAACAAUAAGUCAUUUUUCUAAGCAUCAUGGAAACACAGGAAAAAAAAAACACAAAAAUGUAUAUUUUGAUAGUCUUUAAAAACAAACCUUUGUAAUAUUGUUAUUAAUAUUGACAUAAUUAUGAUAAUCUGUGAGGUAUUUUAUUCUGUAAUUGGUUUUAAAGCAAUGUUUUUAUGUCUUCCUGUAAAAUAAUGUACAUAGACAUUUUGGGGGAGGGGAGGGCGGGUGG